GACACAUUCGCUUGAAAGAUGAAGGCUCUGGUGAUUCUGGUCGCUGUAUCCUGUUGCUCAGCACAGCUGGUGCUGCCGUACGCGGCGCCCUGGGUGCUGCCUCAAGCGAAGCUGAUCACUACCCCUGAGGUCAAGACUGACCUCAAGACCGUUCCUUUGGUCUCCCCUUACGCCCACCCCUUCGGACAUCCCUUCGUGGCUUCCCCCUAUGCCUUCCACCACGCUGCCUACCCCUAUGGAGCCUACCCCUACAUCCUCAACGCCGAUGAUACUCUCAAGGCCACAGAGUUCCCCUACAUUUACCAAAAGCCAGAACAGGAGCCAGCUGUAGAAGAGGCACGUCGUCGUCGCCGCGACGUCGAGAUCCCCCUCCCAUACCUUCACGCCGUGCCCACCGUCACUAAGCACACUGUGGAGACCAAGCAGUUCGAGCCGAUCGACGCCAACACCCCCGCCGACACCACCAAGAUCGAGCUCACCACCAAGGAGCACGAGAUCUCCGUGCCCGCCGUCAAGUACGUGCAGCCCGUCGUCAACGUCAAGCCCGUCACCUACACUGCUCUCUCCCACGCCGUCCUUCCCUACUCCCACGCCCUUCCUUACACCCACGCCCUUCCCUAUGCCCACGCCCUUCCUUACACCCACGCCCUUCCCUACGCCCACGCCCUUCCUUACACCCAUGCCCUUCCCUACGCCCACUCUCUUCCAUACGCCCAUUAUCCUGGCCUCGUCGGCGCCCCCGUCAUCAAGCUUGACGAGGAGUAACUCCAACUUUCCUGU